UUUAGGCCUAAGCCUGUUUGGGUGGAUCACUUUAGAGGAUGGACCUAUCAGAGCUUGGAGAGGCUGCAACCUUCCUCAGAAGAAGCAAGGCUGAGCUGCUUCUGCUACAGGCCAAGGCCUUUGAAGGGAAGAAGAAAUGCUGGAUUCGUGAUGGCAAGAAUGCUUAUGUUGAGGCUGAGGUUAAAGGGAGUGGAGAUGAUGGCGAAAUCAUUGUUGAGACAACAGAUGGAAAGAGUCUGAGCGUCAAGGAAGACGAAGUCCAGCAGAUGAAUCCUCCAGAGUUUGAAAUGAUUGAAGACCUGGCCAUGCUGACUCACCUCAACGAAGCCUCUGUGCUGCAUACCCUGAAGAGGCGCUAUGCCCAUUGGAUGAUCUAUACAUAUUCGGGUCUCUUCUGUGUGAGCAUAAACCCUUACAAGUGGCUUCCAGUGUAUCAGAAAGAAGUCGCGGCUGCCUACAAAGGGAAGAGGCGAUCACAGGUGCCCCCUCACAUCUUCGCUGUGGCUGAUAAUGCCUUUCAGGAUAUGCUUCACACUCGAGAGAAUCAGUCUAUACUCUUCACAGGAGAAUCUGGUGCUGGAAAGACUGUGAACACGAAGCAUAUUAUCCAGUAUUUUGCCACCAUGGCAACGAUGGGGGAAUCCAGGGAAAAGCUGGGGACUUCAGAAGAUCUACUCAUGCAAGUGAAUCCUAUCUUGGAAGCGUUUGGAAAUGCCAAAACCCUGAGAAAUGACAAUUCCUCUCGUUUUGGCAAAUUCAUCAGGAUGUACUUUGGUGCCAGAGGCAAGCUGUCAUCUGCCGACAUUGAUGUCUAUUUGCUUGAAAAAUCCCGGGUGAUUUUUCAGCAGCCUGGAGAGAGAAACUACCACAUAUUCUAUCAAAUUCUGUCUGGAAAAAAAGAACUUCACGACAUGCUCCUGGUGUCUGAGAAUCCCUAUGACUUUCCCUUCUGCUCUCACGGAGUAGUUGCUGUGGACAGCUUGGACGAUGCUGAAGAAUUUCUGGUCACAGAUCAAGCCAUGGACGUCAUGGGCUUCCUUCCUGAUGAGAAGUAUGGAUCCUAUAAACUCGCUGGAGCCAUCAUGCACUUAGGAAACAUGAAAUUCAAACAGAAACCCAGAGCAGAGCAGGUGGAAGCAGAUGGCGCGGAAAGUGCUGACAAAGCUGCUUUCCUCAUGGGCAUUAACUCCUCUGAGUUGGUGAAGGGCUUGAUCCAGCCUAGAAUCAAAGUUGGUAAUGAAUAUGUCACUAGAGGUCAAAAUGUAAAACAGGUGACCUAUGCUGUUGGUGCCCUGUCCAAGUCCAUAUAUGAAAGGAUGUUCAAGUGGUUGGUGGCACGUAUGAACAGAGCCCUGGAUGCCAAGCUGUCAAGGCGGUUCUUCAUUGGCAUUCUUGACAUUACUGGUUUUGAAAUCCUUGAUUAUAACAGCCUUGAGCAACUUUGCAUUAAUUUUACCAAUGAAAAAUUACAACAGUUCUUCAAUCAGCACAUGUUUGUUCUGAAGCAAGAGGAGUACAGGAAAGAAGGCAUUGACUGGCUGCCCAUUGACUUUGAUCUGGGUUUGCAAGCCUGCAUAGAUCUCGUUGAGAAGCCAAUGGGCAUCUUUUCCAUCCUUGAAGAGGAAUGUAUGUUUCCUCAGGCUACAGAUGUGACCUUCAGGACCAAACUUUUUGACAACCAUUUUGGAAAGUCGGUUCAUUUCCAGAAGCCCAAACCUGAUAAUGAGAAGAAAUAUGAAGCUCACUUUGAACUUGUCCAUUAUGCAGGAGUGGUGCCUUAUAACAUCAGUGGCUGGCUCCAAAAGAACAGAGACCUUCUUAAUGAAACAGUGGUGGCUGUAUUUCAGACGUCAUCCAACAGACUCCUGGCAAACCUUUUUGAAAAUUUUAUCAGUGCUGACAGUGCUCUACAGUUUGGGGAAAAGAAGCGCAAGAAAGGAGCUUCAUUCCAAAUGGUUGCAUCUCUGCAUAAAGAAAACCUAAAUAAAUUGAUGACUGAUCUGAAAUCAACAGCCCCUCAUUUUGUGAGAUGCAUAAAUCCCAAUGUGAACAAAAUGCCAGGUGUGAUGGACCCUUACUUGGUUCUACAGCAGCUGCGCUGUAAUGGCGUCUUGGAGGGGAUUAGGAUCUGUUGUGAAGGUUUUCCAAGCCAAAUGCUCUAUGCAGAUUUUAAACAAAGGUACUGCAUUCUAAACCCAAAGGCUUUUCCAAAAAGCAAGUUUGUGAGCAACAGAAAAGCAACUGAAGAAUUUCUUAGCUCCUUGCAGAUAGACCAUACCCAGUACUGCUUUGGAAUCACAAAGGUGUUUUUAAAAGCUGGCUCUCUGGACCAACUAGAAGCAAUGAAAGAUGAAAGACUAUCUAAAGUCUUCACAUUGUUCCAAGCCAGAGUACGGGGCAAACUGAUGCGAAUCAAAUUGCAGAGAAUUCUGGAAGAGAGGGACGCACUUCUUUUGAUCCAGUGGAACGUCAGAGCUUUCAUGGCUGUGAAGAACUGGCCCUGGACGAGGCUCUUCUUCAAGAUCAAGCCUCUUGUUAAAUCUGUGGGAACAGGAGCAGAGAUGGCUGGACUGAAGGAAGAGUGCGUGCAACUGCAAAAAGCCUUGGAGAAAUCGGAAUGUCAGAGGGCGGACCUGAAGGCGCAGCAAGUGUCCCUCAGCCGGGAAAAGAAUGACCUGCUUCUUCAGCUGCAGGCUGAGCAAGAGACCCUGGCGAAUGUUGAAGAGCGGUGCGAGUCGCUGAUUAAAUCCAAGAUCCAGCUGGAGGCCAGCGUCAAGGCGCUGUCUGCGCGGGUGGAGGAAGAAGAGGAGAUAAAUUCUGAGCUGACUGCCAGGGGGCGGCAACUCGAAGAUGAAUGUUCCGAGUUGAAGAAAGAAAUCGAUGACCUGGAAACAAUAUUGGCGAAGUCAGAGAAAGAGAAGCGUGCUACAGAGCACAAGGUCAAGAACUUGACUGAGGAAGUGGAGUCUCUGAACGAGGAUAUCAGCAAGCUUCACAGAGCAGCCAAGGUCAUGCAGGAGGCCCAUCAGCAGACCCUGGACGACCUGCACACGGAGGAGGAGAAGCUCAGCAACCUGAGCAAGGCCAAGCUGAAAGUGGAACAGCAACUGAGUGAGCUUGAGGGUGCCUUUGAGCAGGAGAGAAAAGCAAGAAUGAACUGUGAAAGGGAAAAGCGCAAACUGGAGGGUGAUUUCAAGCUGACCCAGGAGAGUGCGGAGUUCCUGGAGAGCAGCCAGCUGCAGCUAGCAGAAAAGAUGAGGAAAAAAGAAUUAGAAAUGAGUCAGAUGAAAUCAAAGGUGGAGAAGGAAAAAGGCCUGGUGGCUCAGCUUCAGAAGAUUGCUAAAGAGCUUCAGGCUCAGAUACAGGAUUUGAAAGAGGAACUAGAAGCUGAAAGGACCACUCGAGCCAAGGUGGAGAGGGAGAGAGCCGACCUCACCCAAGAACUGGAAGAGUUGAAUGAGAGGCUGGAGGAGGCAGGAGGGGCCAGUUUGGCUCAGCUCGAGAUAACUAAGAAACAGGAAAUAAAAUUCCAGAAGCUUCGCCAAGACAUGGAGGAGGCCACAUUGCACUUUGAGACAAUUUCUGCCUCUUUGAAGAAGAGACAUGCAGACAACCUGGCUGGGCUUGAGAACCAAGUAGAGAGUCUACAACAGGUCAGGCAAACAUUGGAAAAAGAUAAGAGUGAUUUGCAGCUAGAAGUGGAUGACCUCCUGACCCAUGUUGAGCAGAUGAGCAGAGCUAAGAAUAAUGCUGAGAAGCUCUCCAGUCUGUAUGAAGAGCGCUUGAAUGAAGCAAAUGCAAAGCUAGAUGAAGUGACUCAGUUGGCAAAUGACCUGACAGCACAGAAGACAAAGUUACGGUGUGAGAAUGGCGAGUUCCUAAGGAGGCUGGAAGAGAAGGAGGCUCUGAUAAAGCAACUUUCCAGGGAAAAGAGCACCUUCACUCGGCAGAUGGAAGAACUGAAAGGACAACUGGAAGAGGAGACCAAAUCACAGAGUGCCCUGGCCCAGGCCCUGCAGUCAGCCAAGCAUGACUGCGCCCUUCUACGAGAGCAGUACGAGGAAGAACAGGAGGCCAAGGCUGAGCUGCUUCGGGCUUUAUCCAAAGGCAAUGCUGAAAUAGUGCAGUGGAGAAUGAAGUACGAAGAUGACACCAUCCAGAGAACUGAGGACUUGGAGGAUGCCAAGAAGAAGCUGGCAAUGAGGUUGCAGGAGGCUGCUGAAGCCGUGGGGGUGGCCAAUGCCAGAAAUGCCUCCCUGGAGAGGGCCAGACACCGACUGCAGCUGGAGCUCGCGGACGCCCUGUCGGACCUCAGGCAGGCACGCUCCGCGGCCGCCGCGCUGGACCAGAAGCAGCGGCUCUCUGACAAGAGCCUGGAAGACCAGAAGCAGAAGCACGAGGAGUCCCAGGCGAUGCUGGACACCGCUCAGAAGGAGGCCCGGGCCCUCAGCACAGAGCUCCUCAAGCUCCGGCACGCCUACGAGGAGAGCACCAUGAGCCAGGAGACCCUCCGGAGGGAGAACGAGAACCUCCGAGAAGAGAUUUUGAAUCUGACAAAUCAGGUGAGAGAAGGAAACAAGAACUUAAGUGAAAUGGAAAAGGUCAGGAAACGGAUUGAACAAGAGAAGACUGAAGUCCAGGUGGCACUGGAAGAAGCAGAGGGAGCUCUGGAACGUAAUGAAAGCAAGAUUCUUCGCUCCCAGCUUGAACUCUUGGAAACUAAAGCGGAACUGGAAAGAAAGCUUUCAGAGAAAGAUGAAGAAAUAGAAAACUUUAGGAAGAACCAGCAGUGUGCUAUUGACUCACUGCAGUCUAGUCUGGAUUCGGAAACUAGGAGCAGAGUGGAGGCUGCCCGGCUGAAGAGGAGCAUGGAAGGGAACCUCAGCGAGAUGGAACUCCAGCUUAGCUGUGCCAACCAGCAGGCGUCAGAGGCAACAAGGUCUCUGGGUCAGCUUCAGAUUCAAAUCAAGGACCUGCGGGUGCAGCUGGAUGACAGCACACACCUGAAUAGUGAGCUGAAGGAGCAGGUGGCUGUGGCUGAGCGGCGCAACUCUCUUCUCCAGUCUGAACUAGAGGAACUAAGGUCCUUGCAAGAGCAGACAGAACGCGGGCGCAAGCUGGCGGAGGAAGAGCUCCUGGAGGCCACAGAAAGAAUAAAUCUACUCCAUACCCAGAACACAAGUCUCCUCAGCCAGAAGAAGAAACUGGAGGUUGAUGUUGCCAGGUUGCAGAAAGAAACCGAAGAGGCGGUGCAGGGGUGUCAAAAUGCUGAAGAGAAGGCUAAGAAGGCAGUCACGGAGGCAGCAAACAUGUCAGAAGAACUGAAGAAGGAGCAAGACACCAAUGCCCACCUGGAGAGGAUGAGAAAAAAUAUGGAGCAGACAAUUAAAGACUUGCAAAAGAGGCUGGAUGAAGCUGAGCAGACUGCCCUGCUGGGGAGUAGAAAGCAAAUCCAGAAACUAGAAUCCAGGGUUCGUGAACUGGAAGGUGAACUGGAAGGCGAAGUCCGGCGCACUGCAGAGGCCCAGAGGGGAGCCCGUCGGCUGGAGCGGUGCGUCAAAGAGCUGACCUAUCAGGCAGAAGAAGACAAGAGAAAUCUGAGCAGGAUGCAGACUCUGACGGAUAAUCUUCAGCUGAAAGUGCAAAGUUACAAGCAGCAAAUCGAGACGGUGGAAGCACAAGCCAAUCAAUACCUCUCUAAGUAUAAGAAGCAGCAACAUGAGUUGAACGCAGCUAAGGAAAGGGCAGAGAUAGCAGAAUCUCAAGUCAAUAAACUCAAGAUUAAAGCAAAAGAGCUUGGAAAAAAGGUUCAUGAAGAAUAAGCAGCCCUCGCUUAUGAAGGACAGUGGCUGGAGACGUACCAGGAAGGCACCAUUUUAUGGCCAAAAACUCAAGUUGCAUUUGAAACAAACAUUAAAAAAAACCCAUGUUUUUAUGU